AUGGUUAGUGGUCCAUAUGUUUUUAAGUGUUUUUUAAUUUAAAUUUAAGAGUUAACUCAAACAAAAUGACUGCAAUUGUACAAGAGGAUAACGAGUUAAAGAAGUUACUGGGCAACCCUGCAAAAAAUGCAGGAGAGGAUAACUUGAUGGGUCCGCCGCAAUCGACUAAUGUCCCGCGGCCAAGUACAUCACAAAAUGUCAAUCCACAAUCAAUGAUAAGUCCUAUGACUCCAGCUAAUAGUACAAAAGAAGUGAUAGAACCUUGUUUACAAAAUGUAGUUUCUACAGUGAACUUAGGCAUUGAAUUACCACUUAUGUAUAUAAAUACUAGAACAAGGAAUUCUGAAUACAAUCCAGCACGAUUUACCGGUUUGAUCAUGAGGAUCAGAAAUCCGAGAGCUACGGCAUUGAUUUUUCAUUCUGGGAAAUUAGUAUGUACAGGAGCUAGAUGUGAAGAGGAUUCUUAUUUAGCGACAAGAAAAUUUGCAAGAAUAAUUCAAAAGCUAGGCUUUGGAAUACAAAAUAUAGUUGCCACGUGUGAUUUAAAAUUUCCAAUCAAAUUAGAAAAUUUAAAUCAUAUACAUGGACAAUUUUCUAGUUAUGAACCUGAGCUAUAUCCAGGUCUUAUAUAUAGGAUGGUAUCACCAAGAGUGGUAUUACUUAUAUUUGUAAAUGGGAAAAUCGUAUUAACAGGUAAGAAUGAAUUGAAGUGUUGAUUUUUUUUAUUAUUCAUUAUCUGUAUUAUUAUUAAAAUUACUUUCAAUACAUAUAACCAUAUUUUAGGAGCAAAAAAUCGAACUGAACUGCAGGAUGCACUAAACAAUAUAUAUCCAAUAUUGAAAAGUUUUAGAAAGCAAUAACAGUAUUUUCCAAGUUUCAAGAUGUUUUUUACGGUAAUAUAUGACGUCCAUUGAAGCAACUAAAAUUCAUCGUAUAUUAAAUUAUUUAAUUGAUUAAUUUAUAUUGACGUUAUUUAUUAAUGAAUUUUAUUCUAGUAAUAUCUUAAAUUUACGACGAUUAAGUAAAUUUUAACAAAUUUAGUGCAAUAAAUUAAUUGCAUAAUUUAUACAAAUUUUAUACAGAUAUAAUAGUAUAAAUAUAGAUAAUAUGUUAGACUGACAUUCUCAAAUAGUUUAUAAAUAUACAUCUUUUGUACGUAUAGAAAUAAAUGGAAUGCAUCAUUUUAACAUACAUAUAUAUUUUUUUACAUUGUAAAUAACAAAAAUAGUACUCAGUUUUAUAUUGCUAUGAAAAAAAAAAAUAUAUAAUUGAUAAGUGUGUAACACAUUUAUAAAAUUUUUAUCUUACCAGAUAUAAUGCAAAUGUUAAGAUUAAGAGAAAACUAUUAUAAAUAUAUUUUAUACGUAGAUUAAUUAUUUAACAUCUGUGUAAUUUAUUAUCUUCCGAAACAAGAAUAACUUUUUAACAGAAUACUUAUAAUUCUUAAAAACAUAACAUAUUUAGAUUAUUUAAUAUAUUCUUUGUAUAUGCAUUUGGUAUAUGUACAUUGAUUUAAAAUCGUUACUUUGCAUCAUAAUUAGUAAUAUGAUAUUAAAAUAUUUAUAUAUGUAAUUUUAUUUAGCACCAGGUUUAUGAAAGGGAAUUAUGAAAAUUUUUUUUAGUUAUAAAUUCAUUUCUACUUCAUGUUCUUUUCUUUUUUUUUUUUACUGAAUCACAUAUUGGACUGAGGAUGUUUUUUAAUAUACGUUAAAAUGCUGUAAAAUUUCACAAACGAUAUAUAUCUUAAUAGUUUCCAGCAAAAUAUACCCAAUAUUUUAAUAGACGACGUUUAGACCUUUCUUCGCCGCGAUCGGUAAUUUUUCACCUCGGAAGAACGGAUUUUCUUCCUGAAAUGAUAUAUUAAAAGUUUAUUUAGAUUAUAUUAUAUACAUAUAUUUAUUAGCUUUAAUAAUCUAUAAUUAAAAUUACAUGAAACAUUCAAAACUUGAAUUAAGAGAUCAAACGUUUACGUUGAAAAAACAAAUGUUUUAUUUUUCAUUUUAAAUAUAUAAUAUUUACAAUUUAAGGCUAUUCUCUCUAUUCUGAACGUCACAUAAAAUUCACGUAAAAUUUACAAUUUCCCAACGAGAGUGUACUAUUCAAGAUAGAGAAAACGAUUAAUAACGAUUAAUUAAAGAAUCUUUUCAUUGUUUUGUCAUCGCUUUGAUUAGAUAAUUCAAUUUAAAGAAAUUGAAUAUAUCUCUUACAGCUUGGAAUUGAUCGACGAUUUGGUUGAAAUUGGAGUUUGA